ACCAGCAAGUAAUUAUCUUCCUUUGAAGAUCUGAAAGAACACAAAAACUGAAGAAGAAAAAGAAAAAUGGCUACACCCACCAAGCUGAACAUUUUGUGUUCUCUACUUAUGGCAUCACUGUUUGGUUACUCUGCUUCAGUGCAGUUAGAUGACUCUGAUUGGUACUUCUGGUUCUCUCUCUAUGGUGGUGCUUGUGUUGUUAAUCUGGUGAAUUGGGCUAUUUCAUCCAAAGCAAUUAAGCAUGUUGCUGAGGGGGCACUAUGGCUUGGGAUAUUUUUGUUUAUCAGGGUCAUAGCUGAAAGCACCUUGGUGGAUGGUGUGUCUGGGUUCUGGUCCCUGGAUUUGAGUGAGAGAGUUAUUAGGGAGAAAAUAGGAAGUGGGUUGGUUAUAAUCUCCAUGAUUUUGCAGUUGACAGCAUCUUCAUUAGAAGCUCCCCCACAUAAACAGCAAAACAAAUUUCCAAGAUAUGUUGAAUAUGGUGAAAAUUGGAAUUUAACAGGAAUGGCAAUCUUGGUUGGGUUCAGCUAUGGGCUUCCCUUUGUCUUCUUUGUGGUCCAAAAAGGAGAACUGAAGUUCUGAAUCUGAUACAACAGAAUAACGCAUGAUGCCUGAAACAAAAUGGAAUCUUUGAUUGUGAUCUUGUCCGGCAUUGUACAAAAGAACAAGUCUGCCAUGAUUUUAUCUGUUUGUUGUAUUAGAAGGCACUGUUUUAAGAGAGGUUGCUAAUCCUUGUAUCAAAUCAAAGCCUAAAAGCACAAUUUGGUACAUUAUCUGUGUUUUCUUCAUUGGAAAUUGGAUUAGCAAUGCUUACAAGUUUUUUUGUGCUUACAAGAGAAAAGUCGCUGCUGUAAUUAUAUAUAAUUUUCUAAUCAUUCCAAAGGAAUUACUUUCAAAAUUUCAAAAUUUAUCAGCUCAUAUUCUUAUAUCAGCCCAUUGGGAGCAAGUAUAAUGGACGAUGCUGGGAUCCUUGAACAACGAAAAACCAUACUUUAAAAAAAUAAGAAGACAUAUAAGAUUGGCUAUUUAAGCAUUUCAUCACACUACACGGCCUAAGAACUACUACCAGCAAAAAAACCAUCUACAGUUUGCUAAUCCCGAGUGGCUACUGGA